GCCCCAUCAUCGUCCAGACUGCACUCUGGGGUUACUCGCUUUUCCUGGUCAGACCGCGAUCUACAGACACAUUUCAAAGUGUGACAGAUAACGCGGUGCCAGACAUGGCUGCCUUUGAGAAUAAGUUGAGAUCUUAUACCUUAACUCAGUUAAACGAACUGCUCGAAGAUGACGAAAAACUCAACAAAUUUAUCGACGACUCGGAAGAGAUUAAAGGACUACAGCAGAACAAGGAGAUGACCCUGGCUAGUAACCGUCUUCUGGCUGAGCAGAACCUUAAACUGCAGCCCAGACUUGACCACCAAAAGAAUGAACUGACCGGUCGGUACCGGAGCCUACAGGAACAGUUUGAGGCGUAUCAGCUGCGAAAGUCUACUCUAGAUGACCGAUCUGGAAACACUUCCUUGGACACACUCCUCGCACUCCUUCAAGCAGAAGGUGCCAAAAUCGAGGAAGAAACUGAGAACAUGGCUGAUUCGCUCCUUGAUGGCGUGACCCCCCUCGACACCUUCAUCGAUGAGUAUCAGAGUAAGAGGAAGCUGGCUCACAUGCGGAGAGUCAAGAUAGAGAAGCUUGAGGAAAUGGUGCUGAAGGGACACCACAUGGCUCCAGCUGCACCUCAGCCCUCUUGUACUCAGGACCUUCCCUCCAGGCCAGCCGCUCUCCAUAGAGAGGUCAAUGGUUCUCCCAUGCAGAUGCCCCGGCGGGCUCCUCCUCUUCCACCUGUUAAAGUCACCCAAACUCCUCCUGCUCUGCCCACCGCAGCCGUCUCCUACCCUCCUACAUCUCCAUUCGCUGCGGCCUCUCCAUUCACUCCCACUACUCCAUACCCCCCUAUUCCCCCUAGAGUGGGAAACAUGCCACCCACUCUUAACCAGGGAUACCCCAGCAUGUACAUGCAGCAAUACGCCCCACCUUUGCCCCAGAGACCCCCCCCACGCAUGGCACCCCAGCCAGGCUUCAUUAUGCAGUGAUCAUGAAACAUUACUGUCUAUGGAGAAAAAAAUGAUAUGUACACUGGUCAUUCAUUCAAGCCUUUUGUAGAUCCUUCAAGCUGCAUGUUAUAAAAUAUUGUACGCCAAGAUGGAGUCUUGUCAAGUGUAAAAUUAACAAGACUUUUCUGCAAUCAAAGCGGCAUCUGCAACAGGAUCUUCAGUUUGCACUUUAGACUACUUUUGUAUUUGAUCAGUCAUGGCUGGUUAUGGAGUCAUGCUGUUCCCGUUCUGACCUUCUCAGUAGCCUUAGAUCAAGUAAAAAUAAUUCACACGGACCUCAGGGGCCCCCAUACACAAUGAAGAUAUCAAAGUUCAAGAAAAGGUGUUCUGUUGGCCAUCUAGACCGAUAUGAAGAGCUACGAUUUGAUGUUUUAAUUUGAGUUGUCAAGUUCAUGCUAAUAUGUCGGUUCAACCACUUUGAUAUCUUAAAAUUUAAUUUCAUAUCUGAAAAAAGCUGCUUUAACACAACAGUAAAGCCUAUGCAAUCAGACUGAGACCGAACUGUGCCGAGUUUUUUAGGGGGGGAAGAAACAACCAUUUUUGCUCUUCAGGUUUUUUUCGGACCUGCAGCCAAAGAUGCUAUUUGUUUUUCCAGUGGAUCCAGUUUUGUGCUGUAGCAGAAAAACUGGGAGAUUUAAUACAACACUGAGUUAAAUGUGGGUGAAGUUAUUUGGUACUGUUGUGGUGGAUGAGAUUGGGAGAUCAGAGCUACCGCUACAAUGGAGAGAGCCUUAUGUCUCAGAUACAAGCAAAUUCACGCUGGAAGGAGCUUCUUAGCUAGAAUUCGAAAGGAGUGUGAGUGAACGGUAGUAUGUGUGGAGAAAAGUGUGCAAAUUAGUUUUUUUAGGCUUAAGUGCAAACAUUUGUGAAGCAUACGUGCUUGCACUGUCAUUACCAUGCAUACUUAAACUAAUGCUGAUGCAUAAUUUAUAAUUUUAAGGUUUGUAACUAACACCAUAAUCCUCCUCCUGUUUAUUUUUGCCAUCUCAUGUUCAUCGGAAAUGUACUUCCUUUCCAUAAGCCCCACAUUUUAAUUGAUAUUUAAUAUAAUCAAACUAAUACAACCAUACUAUUUAACUCAGAAAUUCAGUGGCAAAAUUGGACUUACCUUCACCAUCAGGUCUGUUACAUAUCACAUCUUGUUUUCUGUAAUUAAUAUGUAGUGUAACCUUCAUUCAUGCCUUUUGUUUUCACCCUGGAUCUGUUUUCAGUAUGUAUGUUAUGGUCUCUUCAGGUGUUUGCCGCUGAAAUAGCCACUUUGUGCCUAUGCUGGGUAUUAAGAUGAAGACUUGUUCACUGUGGUGAGGUGUGUGUGUGUUCUUCGUAUUCCUCCUUGCAUUCCCGUUCUAAAACAGAUUUCUAUAGCAAUUAGAAAUGUAUUUUUCAAUAUAUAUUCUGUUUAGUGUUUACACAGGUACAUCUUUACAAGUGCUCUUUACUUAAAUAUCUAUUAUGUUUUAACAGUUAGAGCCAUAAUUACGUUGCCUUAGAUUCAGGAAGUUGACAUGAUAGAAAUGUUUAGAUGACACACUAACUUUAAUCACUGGUGCUACUACAUUCAUUAAAUGAGCUGAACCAAGAUGUUAGUAUGCAGGCUCUGUUUGAAUUAAAUCGCUCCGUGUUUGUCAGACUUGGGUUGGGUGUCUAUUUCAUGUUGAUGCUGAUGGAGGUAGAAUUAUCUGGGUUCCUCAUGAAUCAGGCUGCAUUAUGUCUAGACAUUGGCAAACUACCUGUGAAAACCAUUGUAUACUAUGACAGGAUUGCCAACCAUCUGGAAAAAACCAGCUUCCACCCCUGAAAACUGUUUGUUUGUUUGUUUGUGUGUAUUAACAUGGUCUUUCUUUGUCUUAAAAAAAUAAUAAUGAUCACUAGGUUUGUAAAAGAUAACUUGGCUGUAUGCUUUCCUAAUGUAAAAUAUGCAGACUUAGUGCUAGGUAAUGUCUGUUCAAAGUGGUAGACAUGGUAAAUGGAACGGACAUCUCUAUUUUAAAGAUAAAUAAAUUAUAUCCCAAUACUUUUCUU